AUGCGUUGUAUCAAAAUCAAACUGGCGAUUCUUUGGCUUUGUCUAGCGCCAGGGGCCAUAGCGACACCCGUAGUGCAAAUGCGCCCGCACGAAGGCGAUGACCAUGGCCAUACGGAUGGCAAUGACUCCGAUAUAGUCUCAAAGCCAAAUCAAACCGAAAGCAAAAUUGAAAUCUCGGAGAACGACCACAGUGGGAAAAAUCUAGUAGAGAAGACUAUCAAUCCAACUAUUUUUUACUCUCCACUCUAUGUCGUAUGCCCCGAUCCCAGCGCCAUAGUCAGUAUGCCUGAUGACCCGCCAAACGGUUAUCCGGAAAUCGACGGGCGCCAGCGACCCAGAGGAUUGGAUCUUGCCCGCGCCACAAGGGUCAGGACGUUGUGUCUCGAGUGUUUUUGUAACCAACAGACCGGCGAUUUGGCAGCUUGGAAUCCGGGGCGGAGGGUCUGCGGCGGUCCAGUUAUAUUCUUUGCCCAAAAAUGCCAAUACUGGUUCGGUUGCUUCUGCAGCACUACUAUGUUUAAUCCUCCAUACGACCCAGCAGUGAACCUCCUGGACUACCAACACGCCAUCGACAAUAUUCCUGGGCCGGUCAGACGGCUGCAUGACGGAUGGCACUGGCGACCCGAUGGCAAUAUCAUGCUGACUUGGCAAGAUCAGUGGAUACAUCGCGGUGUCCAGAUACUGGAAGAAUGGGAAAUGGCUGCCUUGGCCCCAGAAAGAGAGGAGACUGAAAGUGUCAGUCCUCAACUAUACACCGCAGACGAUCCGAAGGGGCAACCGUAUAUGUGGCCAGGGGGCAGUUCCAAUUCAAAAUUCAACGGUGGAGGAAAUGGGGGGUCGGCGGGUGGGGCGGGUGGAGCGGGUGGGGGGUUAGUUAGUAAACGCGAAGAAAUGGACCAACAUGUGAAGAAGGGGGUAGCCUGA